AUGCCUACAAGCUGUUGUCCAAGAUGUAAUCUUGCGAGCGAAUCUAUAACAUUCGAGGAAUGUCGGUGCUUUUUCAAAGGUGCCAAUGCUUAUAAGGAAUGGGAUCUAAUGCUACAGAUGGAUUCUCACCAACUUAAAGCGGCAGCAAGUAUCAUUAUCAGAGACACGAAGGGGGAUAUGGUCUUAGCAAAGGCGUUUAAUCUUGGAGAUACUUGGGUAUCCAUGGCAGAAGCCCUGGCGCUCCAUAAAGGUGUUCAAGAAGCAAUUCGGCUAGGGCUUCAAAAUCUUCAGAUUGAGGGUGACAACCUUCUCGUCAUCAACGCUCUGAAGGGCAUCUGGAAUGUCCCAUGGAAACUUCAAAAUAUUUUUCAGGAUAUCAAGACUCUUCUCCAUAGUCUCCACAAUGUGCAUAUCCAACAUGUCUUUAGAGAUGCUAACAGAGGCGCAGAUUGGAUUGCUAACGUAGGUCAUUUGAUUAUUUAG